AUGGCUCCCGCAGAGAAGCAGACCGACGACGAAAACGUCGGGAAUGCAAAGAGCGAUAAAAGACCCGAUGUAGGGUCUAGCACUGGAAUCGCUGGAGGAGUCUUCUACGGAAGAGAUCUCGACCGUACCGGUCUCGCGCGUCGUAGCGCGUCUCAGGGCGACAACGUUGAAGUUGAUAUUGGCGACAAUGGCGAGUGGCACCAAAAUGAUGGCAAAAGGAAGCAAGUCUUCAAGGGCCGCGCCCUCCUAUGGUUGGCUUACCAGUCUAUCGGCGUCAUCUAUGGAGAUAUUGGUACAAGCCCUCUCUACGUCUACUCGUCCGUGUUCACCUCGCCACCCUCAAAGAAGGACAUAACCCAAGUACUCUCUCUGAUCAUCUGGUCCCUGGCCAUCAUGGUCACCUUCAAAUACGUCUUCAUCAUCCUACGUGCCGACAACGAGGGCGAGGGCGGUACCUUUAGCACCUACUCCCUGCUCACCAGAUACAUGAACAUCUCGAACCGAGAUCCUCGCGAAGAAGUCACCGUCCGCAUGGAACGAACAUUGACACAGGAUGUACGCCCCAUGAGUCGCAACAUUCGCAAGGUCGUUGAGAACAGCACCAUCAUUCGAAACUUCCUUAAAGUACUUGGUGCCCUGGGUGUGGCCAUGGUCAUGGCCGAUGGUGUCCUGACGCCGGCUCAAUCCGUGCUCGGCGCUAUCCAAGGCCUCGCCGUGGUCCAGCCAGACAUUGAUACUUCGACCAUUGUGGGAACCACCUGUGGUAUUCUUGUCCUUCUCUUCCUCGUACAACCCCUCGGCACCACCAAGCUGGCGUCGGCUUUCGCACCCAUCGUCAUCCUGUGGCUCGGAAUCAACGGCGGGUUUGGUAUUUAUAACCUCGUCAAGUACGAUUACACAGUCCUCAAGGCAUUCAACCCAUACUUUGCCAUCCAGUUUUUCAAGGACAACAAGAACAGAUGGAUGGAGGAUAUCAGCUGGCUCGCCUGGGCCUACCCCUGUCUGCUGCUGGCAUACAGUGGUCAAGCGGCGCACAUUGCUGAGAUGCCUGAGAAGUACUCGAACCCCUUUUUCAACACAGUGCCUCCCGGCAUGCUGUACCCCAGCCUGGUGCUCGCAGUCCUCGCAGCCAUUGUGGCAUCCCAGGCCAUCAUCACAGCGACGUUCCAGCUCUCAAGCCAGCUCAUGAAGCUCUCCUUCUGUCCUCAGAUGAAGGUUGUCCACACCUCCCGGAAGUUCCAUGGCCAGGUCUACGUGCCCUUCCUCAACUGGCUGCUCAUGCUCGGCACCAUCCUCGUUACAGCCGUCUACAACAACACCACGAGGCUGGGUCAUGCCUACGGCGUCUGCGUCAUCUUUGUCACCUUCUUCGACACCAUCAUGGUGACUCUCGUAGCCCUUUUUGUUUGGGAUCUCCCGCUUUGGCUGGUCGCUGUACCUGCACUCGUCUUCGCCACGCACGACGGCCUUUAUCUCUCCUCAGCCCUGACAAAGGUGCCCCUCGGCGCUUGGUUCACCCUUUUGCUGUCAGGCAUCCUCGCCACCGUCUUUCUUCUCUGGCGCUUUGGCAAGGAAAGGCAGUGGAGCGCCGAGGCCGAGGACCGCUUCGCGCCUAGCAGACUGCUCGUCCGCAACGGCGAGGGCAUGCUGGCGCUGACGCCGCGAUGGGGCGGCGACGCACUGUCGCCCGUCAGCGGCUUCGUCAUCUUCUUCGACAAGACGGGCAUCCUGACGCCAAGCGUCUUCACCCACUUUGUCUCAAAGCUCGGCGCCCUGCCGGAGGUAUCUGUCUUCUUCCACCUGCACCCCGUCGAAACGCCUUCCGUGCCCGAUGCUGAGCGUUAUCAUGUUUCGAGGUUCUCGAGCGUGCCAGGGUGCUACCGCCUCAUCGUUCGUCACGGCUUCAUGGACGAGGUCGUCAGCCCGGAUCUCAGUGCUCUCAUUUAUGAACAGGUGCGCAAGUUUGUCGCUCGCCAGGCGCCUGCGUCGGGAGAGCACCCAGGUGCAGAGAUCUCGGCUGGCCCUGUCCAGACCACGGCGUCGGAGCUCGCCUUGCUGAAGAGCGCGUACCAGCGCAAGGUGCUGUACGUGGUCGGCGAGGGGCAGAUGCGGAUUCUAAAGAGUCACAAUGUCUUCCGCAGGGUCAUGUUGUGGACGUUCUUGUGGAUCAGGUCCAACACGCGAGCCAAGGUUGCGAGCUUGAGAUUGGCGAUGGACAAGGUCGUCGAGGUUGGGUUUGUCAAGGAUAUCUGA